AUGGCAACCCUCACCGCUCAGCAGUCGGCUCAGCGCCAGCGCGGCCACUCGUCCAUCGACUUCAAGUCGGCGACGACUGGUGUGGCCGCCAAGGCCAUGCGCAACGAGCUUAACCGCAUGGUCCAUGGCGUCACUGAGCCCGCGAAGAAGAAGAUGUUCAACGCCGAGAUGGAGUCGUUCUUCCUCCUCUUCAACCGCUACCUCACCGACAAGGCCAAGGGCGAGAAGAUCGACUGGGAGAAGAUCCAGCCCCCCAAGCCCGAGCAGGUUCGGCCCUACAAGGUCCUCGACAAGGUCGACCCUUCCAUCCUCAACAAGCUUGCCGUCCUCAAGCUUAACGGUGGUCUCGGCACCACCAUGGGCUGCGUUGGCCCCAAGUCGGUCAUCGAGGUCCGCGAGGGCAUGACCUUCCUCGACCUCUCGGUCCGCCAGAUCGAGCACCUCAACGAGAAGUACAACGUCAACGUCCCCUUCAUCCUCAUGAACUCGUUCAACACGGACGACGACACUGCUCGCAUCAUCCAGAAGUACCAGAACCACAACAUCAACAUCCUCACCUUCAACCAGUCGCGCUACCCUCGUGUCAACAAGGAGUCGCUCCUUCCCUGCCCCGCCGACGCCAACUCGGACAAGGCCAACUGGUACCCUCCUGGACACGGUGACAUUUACGACGCCCUCAACAACUCUGGUCUCCUCGACCAGCUGCUUGCCGCCGGCACGGAGUACAUCUUCAUCUCCAACGUUGACAACCUCGGCGCUAUCGUCGACCUCAACAUCUUCCAGACCAUGAUCGACGCCCAGGCUGAGUACGUCAUGGAGGUCACCGACAAGACCAAGGCCGACAUCAAGGGUGGUACCAUCAUCGACUACGAGGGCAAGCCCCGUCUUCUCGAGGUUGCCCAGGUCCCCAAGGACCAUCUCGACGAGUUCUGCUCGACGCGCAAGUUCAAGAUCUUCAACACCAACAACAUCUGGUGCUCUUUGAAGGCGAUCAAGCGCGUUGUCGACAACGACGAGCUCAACCUCGAGAUCAUUGUCAACAACAAGGUUACGGACAAGGGUGAGGCCGUCAUCCAGCUUGAGACGGCCAUUGGUGCCGCUAUCAAGCAUUUCGACUCGGCCAUCGGUAUCAACGUCCCACGUUCGCGUUUCCUGCCCGUCAAGUCGUGCUCCGACCUUCUCCUCAUCAAGUCGGGGCUGUACAACCUCCAGCACGGUGUCCUUACUAUGGACAAGUCGCGCGAGUUCGGCGGCACCCCUGUCGUUAAGCUCGGUGACCAGUUCAAGAAGGUUGCGAACUUUGAGAAGCGGUUCAAGUCGAUCCCCAGCAUCACUGAGCUUGACCACCUUACGGUCUCUGGCGACGUGUGGUUCGGCAAGCGCGUCCGCCUGGCCGGCACGUGCAUCAUUGUUGCGACCGAGGGCAACAAGAUUAUGAUUCCCGACGGCACCGACCUCGAGAACAAGCUCAUCACGGGCAACCUUUCCAUCAUCGACCACUAA